AUGGCUAAGAAAAAGAACAAGUCCAUCUCUCUCGUCGAUCUCCCUGAAAUCGAUGUAGCUGCAUCUGGGUCUUCGACCCUGGGGACAAACCUCUCUUCUUUGGCUAAUCUACCUUUCGGCUCUGACUACUGCUGCGUCUGGCUCGGAUCUAAUCUUGCGGAGGCUGUGGCCUCUCCAUCAAAGAAUUAUGCUGCUCUGCUCAAAAGCUCUGCUCAGUUACAGGAACUGGGAAUCCCGGUGGAACAUGUUUCAGGCGCCCCUUUCGUCCUUAUUCCAGAUGAGAACAUUGAAGCUGCAAAGUUGAAAUUCAAAGAUUUUAUUUACGCUCGAUUUCAUGGUGACUACCCUUUAAUGGGGGAAAAUCAUUGGUGUCGUAAAUGCGGUUUGGGCAUGAACUGGCCCAAGGAUCUUUGUCCACAACAUUGGACAAUGUAUGUAUCUUCUUCGAGUUAUAAUCCAAGAACUCGUGAGGUGCUUCUGUCUCGUACCUGCUGGAACAUUGGUGGUCUUCCAAUGUUUGUUGCUCCAUGGUCUCCAGACUACUCUCCGGAUGAACCACCUCUCACUACCGCUAUUGUUCCGGUUGAGAUGCGAAACGUUCCUUAUCUGAUCUUCAACAGGGAGAGUUUGAGCCGUAUUGCGACUGCGGUUGGCAAACCAGACUCACUUGCUCCGGAAACGGAGCGUAAGGAAAACUUCGAGGUGGCGAAACUGUAUGUGAGGGUUGACCUUACAGCGCCUCUGCCAAACAAGAUAAUAUCUGGUUUUUUUAAUGGUAGGGAGAAAACGGGUGCAAGGAAAUCUCCCCCAGAGACUUCAAGAAGACGGUCAAAGUCAAGGCCAAGUCGUUCUAUUGAGAAGAAAUUGAAGGAAGGGAUCUUCUGUUACGUUCCAGUGAUCCAAGAUUCUCAAGUGACGCCUACAAAUACUAAAUCUAAGUCUCUCCUGAGGGUGCUGCCUCCUUUAGAUAUUGAAUUUGUUAGUCCCACUGCGGAGGAACAGAAACAUGACAAGAAUGAAGCUCAGUCUGCAGUUUUUGAAGAUGACUCUAAAGAAUCAAACCCUGCUGCUCCCUCAGAAAGUACAGCUACUGGAGUUAUUGAUCUGGCUGAAGUGUCAACAGGUUCUGUGGAGGAUGGCUUGGUAUCUGCUGCUGCUGAUGGAGGGCACUCAGGGAUUCUUUUAAAUGAUUCUGAGAAAGAUUCGGGGAAUGUUAUUACUACUCUGUCUACACUGACUGAUACCGGUUCUGCUGUGGUUUCUGUCGAGACACACGGUGCUGGGAACUCUGAAGAACACAACACCAAUCAUCCUGUUGAAGAACAGGAACGAGAAAACCCUUUUUUCCUGGAAAAUAUCUCCCUAACGGUUACCUUUGUUUACGGGUUUAACUUGGUGGAAGAUAGGAGGAGCUUGUGGAACAAUCUCGUUGAUUUACAGACUUCCUCUCCAGUUUCUUCUUAUCCUUGGUCGGUCCUAGGUGACUUUAAUCAGAUGCUGCAUACUUCUCAUCACUCCAACCACCUUACUUCUCGGGUUGAUGUGUCGGGAAUGGACGAGGCAAACAUUUGCUUACAAGAUGCUCAGCUGCUUGAGGCGCAGGCCAAAAGCUUACCUUACACUUGGAGAAAUAGUCAAGAUGACAGCCCUAUCUCCACUAGGAUUGAUCAUGCUUUCAUUAAUCAGGCUUGGUCAACAGCGUUUCCAGACUCUUAUGCUGAUUUCUUGGACCCUUCUCAGUCGGAUCAUGCCCCUUGCCUCUUUCGGAUGCCUUCUAUUAGACGUCAGAUUAUUAAACCCUUCCACGUCAUUGACCAUCCGGAGUAUGCGUGGACUGUACGAGAAGCUUGGAACUGUAGUCAAUUUACAGGCACAGAUCAGUUUAAGUUGGUACGCUCUCUUAAGUCGUUGAAGAGGCCACUGCGUAAGCUCAAUAAAAGACAUUACAGUGGUGUAUCCCAAAGAGUUAAGGAGCAGAGAGAGAAGGUGGAUACACUCCAGAGAUCCUUACUUACCACACCUGAUGUUUCAACAGCUCGGGAGGAGCACGUUGAGAGGGAAAAACUGAAUGUUCUUCUUAAGGCAGGAGAGAAGUUCUAUAGACAAAUGUCAAGAUCUCGAGUCAUGCCUCACGAAAUCAUAUAUAUCCACUACCUUAAAGAUGCUGAUGAUAGAUUGUUUUACUCGAUGGAUGAUAUCAAAACCCACGCUGCAGAUUAUUUCAAGAAUUAUUUGAAGCGAGAAGUCACUGCAGCUGAGAUCAAAGCUACACUAUUCGCCAUGCCAUUGAAUAAGAGCCCGGGACCAGAUGGCUAUUCCGUUGAGUUUCUUCGAGCUUCUUGGGACAUAGUAAGGGAGGAUAUUACCUGUGCCGUUAAGGAAUUCUUCCGCAAUGGAAAAUUACUCAAGGAUAUGAACAUAACAGCAAUCGCGCUAAUACCAAAAAAGCCGGAAGCUUGCUGCCUUACUGAUUAUAGGCCAAUCAGUUGCUGUAACAUUGUGUACAAGCUCAUCUCCAAAAUAAUCGCAAACCGUCUCAAACCUAUCUUGACUGAAUGCGUAAGCCCUAACCAAGUAGCUUUCUUAAAUGGUCGCAGUCUUGGAGAAAACGUACUGCUGGCGACUGAGCUCAUCAAAGACUACAACAAGUCUUCAUGUCUUAAAAGUGCCAUGCUCAAAAUUGAUAUUCGUAAAGCUUUUAACACUAUGUGUUGGGACUUUGUGAUCAAGGUUUUGGAAGCACAACAGUUCCCUCCUAUGUUUAUCAAUUGGAUUUCCGAAUGCAUCUCCUCACCUAGAUUCUCAGUUGCUAUCAAUGGUGAGCUUGUGGGUUUUUUUGAGGGUAAAAAGGGUCUCAGACAAGGUGACUAUAUCUUUCCGUAUCUUUUCAUUAUGCUCAUUGAGGUGCUCUCUCGCUUACUGGACAAAGCCGAAUCUGAUGGCACCUAUAGGCUGCACCCACUUUGUUCUUCCCUAAAGCUUACCCAUCUGUUGUUUGUGGAUGACCUAUUAGUUUUUUCUGAUGGGACCAGUGCAUCUACAUCAGGGAUCAAAGCAGUUAUGAACCAAUUCAAAGAGUGGUCACGUCUGGAUACUAAUCAGUCUAAAACAGAGAUUUUCUAUGGAGGAUAUUCAGACAUCCAAGCCUCGGUUCUGAGUGAUCUCUCGGGCUUUCGGUGUGGGGAUUUCCAACAAGAUAUCUUGGGCUGCCCCUAA